AUGGUAUUACCAAACGAACCAGAAUUUCAACAAGCUUACAAAGAAUUAAUCAAUGCUUUAGAAGAUUCAACUUUAUUCACUGAAGAACCAAAAUAUAAAAAAGUUAUUCCAGUUGUUUCAAUCCCAGAAAGAAUUAUUCAAUUCAGAGUUGCUUGGGAAAAUGAUAAAGGAGAAAUUGAAGUUAACAAUGGUUUCAGAGUUCAAUUCAAUUCUGCUUUAGGUCCAUACAAAGGUGGUUUAAGAUUCCACCCAUCAGUCAAUUUAUCCAUCUUAAAAUUCUUAGGUUUCGAACAAAUCUUUAAGAAUGCUUUAACUGGUUUAUCCAUGGGUGGUGGUAAAGGUGGUUGUGAUUUCAAUCCAAAAGGUAGAUCAGAUGCUGAAAUCAGAAGAUUCUGUGUUGCUUUCAUGAGACAAUUAGCUAGAUACAUUGGUCAAGAUACUGAUGUUCCAGCUGGUGAUAUCGGUGUUGGUGGUAGAGAAAUUGGUUUCUUAUUUGGUGCUUACAAACAAAUGCAAAACAACUGGUCAGGUGUUUUAACCGGUAAAGGUUUAAACUGGGGUGGUUCAUUAAUCCGUCCUGAAGCUACUGGUUAUGGUGUUGUCUAUUAUGUCGAAAAAAUGAUUGAAAAGGCCACUGGUGGUAAAGAAUCUUUCAAAGGUAAAAAAGUUGCCAUUUCAGGUUCAGGUAAUGUUGCUCAAUAUGCUGCCUUAAAAGUUAUUGAAUUAGGUGGUACUGUUGUUUCAUUAUCCGAUUCUAAAGGUUCAAUCAUUUCAACUGAAGGUAUUACUGCUGAACAAGUUUAUGAAAUUGCCGAUGCUAAGAUUAAAUUCAAAUCAUUAGAAGAAAUUGUUGGUAACACUGCUUCAGCUGCUUUCACCAAAAACAAAGUUGAAUAUAAAGCUGGUGCCAGACCAUGGACUUUAGUUGAACAAAUUGAUAUUGCUUUACCAUCAGCUACUCAAAAUGAAGUUAGUGGUGAAGAAGCUAAAGCUUUAGUUAAAGCUGGUUGUAAAUUCAUUGCUGAAGGUUCAAAUAUGGGUUCAACUGCUGAAGCUAUUGAUGUUUUCGAAGAAAACAGAGCUAAUCAAGUUUGGUAUGCUCCAGGUAAAGCUGCCAAUUGUGGUGGUGUUGCCGUUUCUGGUUUAGAAAUGGCCCAAAACUCUCAAAGAGUUUCUUGGACUGCUGAAGAAGUUGAUAACAAAUUGAAAAACAUCAUGUACACUUGUUUCGAAAACUGUUAUGAAACUGCUCAAAAAUACUCUAAAGAAAAAUCAGACUUACCAUCUUUAUUAAAGGGUGCUAACAUUGCCGGUUUCAUUAAAGUUGCCGAUGCUAUGUUUGAUCAAGGUGAUGUUUUUUAA